CCUGUUCCUUCCCUGUAGAUGCUGAGUAACAGCGGGUGAAAGUUGAAUCUCACAGACACAACAGAGGAGCGGUUGGUUGCGCAUGCUUUGUAGAUUUCAUUCUGCGACAUUCCCCGCAAGUGACAGUUCGGUAAAAUAAAUCCAGCAAUGGCUUUAAAUGACAUGGAAAGCGAUGUCUGCGACAGAGAAGAUGAAGGAUCAACGGAGCCUGAUGUAAUUGCAAAGGGGAACAUUCUAGAAACCUUUAGCGAAAGUCAGGAGACUCGCAGUUUAAUCUGCAGCCUGAAGACUGUCUAUGAAGAUUUGACUGCAUUGGAGGUGACAACUCAGAAAUUCCUUGUUAUAAUGGAUAAAUACCAAGAACAGCCCCAUCUCCUGGACCCACAUCUCGAAUGGAUGUUAAAUUUGUUGCUUGAAAUAGUACGAGAUAAGAAGUCUCCACCAGCCCUGGCUCAUUUGGGAUUUAAAUUUCUCUAUAUCAUCUCUAAGGUGCGUGGUAACAAGUGUUUUCUGAGACUGUUUCCUCAUGAAGUUGCCGAUGUCCAGCCUGUGUUGGAUCUCCUCUGCCUGCAAGAUCCCAAAGGCUAUGAGACUUGGGAGACCCGCUACAUGCUGCUCCUGUGGCUGUCCAUGACGUGCCUGAUUCCUUUCGAUCUCUCUCGCCUCGAUGGAAACAUCACAGCACAGAGCGGACAGGCCAGAGUGCCCAUCAUGGAUCGAAUUCUCACUGUUGCUAAGUCUUACCUGACUGUUAGUGACAAGGCAAGGGAUGCUGCUGCUGUUCUGGUAUCAAAGUUUGUUAUCCGCCCUGAUGUCAAGCAGAAGAGGCUGGCAGACUUCCUGGACUGGAACCUCUCCACUCUGUCUCAGGCUUCCUACCAGACCAUGGAGGGGACCGUGGUGGUGGACGGCAUGCUGCAGUCUCUGGCUCAGUUGUUCAAGCAUGGAAAAAGGGAUGAUUUCUUACCUUACGCUCCCACGGUCCUCCAGUGCCUUGAUAACUGCAAGCUGUCUGAGAGUAACCAGACCAUCCUCCGCAAGCUGGGGGUGAAGCUUGUUCAGCGGCUGGGACUCACCUUCCUGAAGCCAAAGGUCGCCAAGUGGAGGUAUCAACGUGGGAGCAGGUCUUUGGCUGCCAACCUUUCGAUCUCCACUCAGGGUCAGCCACAUGCAGUGGAGCAAAACACAGAACUGACAGACAAAGAAGAGGAGGAGGGAUAUGACAUCCCAGAAGAGAUGGAGCAUGUCAUUGAACAAUUGCUGGUUGGAUUGAAAGAUAAAGACACCAUUGUCAGAUGGUCUGCAGCAAAAGGCAUUGGCAGGGUGACCGGUAGACUUCCUAAAGACUUGGCAGAUGACGUGGUUGGCUCAGUGCUGGACUGCUUUAGCUUCAAAGAGACAGACAAUGCCUGGCAUGGGGGUUGCUUGGCACUGGCAGAACUGGGAAGGAGAGGCCUACUGCUUCCAUCCAGACUCCCAGACGUGGUUCCUGUGAUUCUGAAGGCCCUGACCUAUGACGAGAAGCGGGGUGCUUGCAGUGUGGGCUCCAAUGUCCGAGAUGCUGCCUGUUAUGUGUGCUGGGCCUUUGCGCGUGCCUACGACCCACUGGAACUCCAGCCGUUUGUCACUCCCAUUGCCUGUGCCCUGGUGAUAGCUGCUGUGUUUGACCGGGAUGUCAAUUGCAGAAGAGCUGCUUCUGCUGCCUUCCAGGAGAAUGUUGGGAGACAGGGUACAUUCCCACAUGGCAUCGACAUUCUCACCACAGCAGACUACUUCACUGUUGGAAACCGGACAAAUUGUUUCUUAAACAUAAGUGUGUAUAUUGCCAGUUUCCCAGAGUACACCCAGCCUAUGAUAGACCAUCUAGUAAGCAUGAAGAUAAACCACUGGGAUAGUGUGAUUCGAGAACAGGCCACCAAAGCUCUGCACAACCUGACACCAAAGGCCCCCGAAUACAUGGCUGCGACUGUUUUGCCAAAGCUGUUGCCACUGGCAGUGGGUGUGGACUUGCAUACCCGCCAUGGGGCCAUCUUAGCGUGCGCUGAAAUUACACAUGCACUUUACAAACUGGCACUGGAGACAAAUAGGCCCGUAACUGAUUUUCUGAAAGAGGCCUCAAUAGAAGGACUCAAAGGCAUUCACGAGAAGCUCUUCAGUAAGCAGCAGUACAGAGGAUUUGGUGGUGAACUGAUGAGACCAGCAGUUUGUUCUCUUAUAGAAAAAAUGUCUUUGUCCAAAAUGCCUUACAAGAACGACCCUAUUAUUGGUGGGUGGCAAUGGUUGAUCGAUGACAGCUUAAAAAGUAUCCAUCUCUUCUCUAGCGCAGCAAAACAGAAGAUAAAGGAGGCUGCUGUCUCAGCCCUGGCUGCUUUGUGCAAUGAGUACUAUCAAAGUGCAGAGGGAGCAGUGGACCCCACCAUUCAGGAUGAGCUGGUGAGCCGUUACAUUGUGCAGCUGCAGAGCACUGAGGAGAUGACUCGCUGUGGAUAUGCACUCGCUCUGGGAGCCCUGCCUCAGUUCAUGCUCUGCGGGAAACUGCAACAGGUGCUAGAAGGCCUGAGGAAGACCACCAGCAUCAGUGUGAAGGAUGUCAGCUUUGCGGAGGCAAGGAGGGAUGCUCUGAAAGCCACUGCACAGGUCUGUGCGACUGUAGGCGUGUCUCUGGGAGGCUCCCCUGAUUCGGUGGUUUGUGAGCAGAACGUUCCUCAGAUAUACAGCACCCUGCUGGAGUGCAUGAGAGACUACACCACCGACAGCAGAGGGGACGUUGGCUCCUGGGUGCGGGAGGCUGCAAUCACUAGUCUUAUGAAGGUGACAUUUCUCCUGGUCCAGAGCCACCCAGAACUCAUCUCACCUGACAUUUGCAGCCGAAUGCUGUGCUGCCUGGCUCAGCAGUCUGCAGAGAAGAUUGACAGGUAUCGGGCUCACGCCGGCUCAGUGUUCCUGCAAAUCCUGCACUUCAAUAACCCUGCAGUACCUCACAUCCCCCACCGGGAGGAGCUCUUGCGCGUCUUUCCCAGCUCGGAAGCAGAGACAUUAAACUGGAACGCCCCAUCUCAGGCUUUCCCUCAUAUCACUCAGCUGCUGGGAAUGCCUGCCUACCAGUACCACACCCUGCUGGGGCUGUCUGUCUCUGUGGGAGGACUGACAGAGUCUACGGUUCGAUUCUCAGCCCAGUCCCUCUUUGAUUAUCUUAAGACGAUACAACAGGACGCGACUGCCAUGAACAAUUUUGGGUGCACUUUGCUGCAGAUCUUCAGGGAUAAUGUGCGGAAUGACAGGGUCUCCAUCCCACUGCUGAAGAUGAUUGAUCAGAUGCUGGCCAAUGGAUGCUUUGAUAUCUUUGCAAAAGAAGAAAAUCAUCAGUUCGGCAUGGACUUGCUUGCUCUUUGCAAAGAAGAAAUCAGGAAGUCCAAAGACAUCCAGAAGCUUCGAUCCAGCAUUGCUGUAUUUUGCGGCCUGAUUCAGUUCCAAGGGGACAUCCGGAAGAAGGUUCUGUUGCAACUUUUGCUGCUGCUCUGUCACCCAUUCCCUGUUAUAAGAAAAACAACAGCGAGCCAGGUGUAUGAAAUGCUGUUGAUUUACGAUGAUGUCAUCGACCUGGCCGUGAUGGAGGAGGUGAUGACGAUGCUCAGCGACACCAACUGGGAAGCUGAACUGACCACAGUAAGAACACAGAGGAAUCAACUGUGCGAAUUGCUGGGUGUCCAGAAGCCUACUCUGGUUGUCAAGAGUUCAGUCCAGUAGCCAGUAGGGAUGGCUUGAAGAGGAACUGUUGAGCGCACUGAUAACUGCAUGCAAAAUACUUCAAACUAUUAAUCAGUGCCCACAGGUAUUUUAAGGCAGUUGUACUAUGCACUGUUACGAAGAAACCUAUUUCAUUAUAAUAAAAGGAUUAAUAAAAACAUGUUGUAAUGAAUAUUUCGAUAAAGCUCGCUCUUUUGAAACCAAUUUGCUGUUAUUGUUUUUUUAUUAUUUUAUUUUAUUUUUAUUUUUAUUUUGAAUCAACUGUAUUGCUUCGUAAAGAGAUGGAACAGUAUGUAGCUUGUUAAUUAAAAUCUCUUUGUUUGUAAAAAUCUGAUUUAUGGGAGAGUUAGGUGCUUUGGGGAAAUAACCCACUCCCAAGUGGAUUAAACAACUGAAACCCCAGUUACAUUUGAUGAUUCAUAAAAUCAUUGCUAUUAUUUGAGGAAAUGUUUUAUUAUUAACAAAAAGGCUAUUUUGUUGUAUUGAAGCCUGUUUUGCAUUGCUCUGACGCAGCAGUGCACAGUCAGGAGGGAUAUAGUUUUAUUCCAGUAUAUUAUAUCAUGAUUCAGAAUACCCUUCGACAUGAGGCAGUGAGAUACAAUCAUAUCUUCUAAACUGGGGAAUGGCAGACUAGGGAAGCUGUGGUUAAAUCAGCAUUAAAGGUUAAUAAAACUUCAGCUCCCUUGUGCGGCAGAGAUAACAUGAGCCAAUGAAGAAGAGGUUCCCUAAAACCCCUUUAGUUUUUUAGGUAAUUUUCAUACAAACAAAAAUGCAGCAAUUCCUUUUCAGGACAGCUCCAAGUGACCCAGUCUCAUGUUGGUUGCUAAGGGAUACAGGCAGGUUUUCAGAUUAAUUAGCAUGGUAUUAACGUCACUGUUAUAAGCUCUUAACUCUGAUUCAUUUAAAUUUAAUGUUGUAAAACAAAACAGAAUUUUUAGUUUUUUAUGGGAAAAUGUCUAACUUGUUUAUAUUCUCUUGGUGUUUUGCCUUAUAUAGCGUGUUGAUGUAGACCUUAAUUUGGUUGCCAUAGCAGCCAGAAUCCCCUAACUGUUAAAAACAACGGCCCUCAAACUAAAACAAACGCUGCUUCUUUUAGAGUGUGUUCAUCAGACGAGAUCCAGCUACUUAGCCUUCAUGUUUGAAAACUUCAGAAGGAUCAGGGGACCAAUUAUUUCAAUUCUUUUAAUAUAAUUUUUUUUUUCUUCCUUUGGGUACACUAUGUCCUUGUUUUUCAGUUGCUGUUUUUUUAAGCUUUUUUUUUUUCUUUUAAUUUAAAGAUCAAACCUGGGAGAACUUUUGUAGUUACAUUUAAGGUGAAGGAAUAUAAAGCAAAAAAGAACUACCUGCUCUUUCUCUCUCUUCUCUGUCUCGCUCUCUAUUUCUUUUCCAGUUAGAAAUUAAUGUUGUUUGUACUAGAAAAUAAAACAGCAAUGCCCAUAUGUAAACAGGCAUGCCAACUGUAUAAUGUACAAGCUGUUGUAACUCAGCUGAAUGUCCUUCCUUACCUAUUUGAGCUGUGGUUGCAGCUGAAAUAGUUUCAGCUCGGUUUGUACCAGGUUCAACAAUGAAAUGGUCUGUAUGCCAGCUUGUAAUUCUGAGCAGGAGGAAAAGGACUGUUGCUUAACAUGUACAGUGUGUGGGGAAACAUCUGAAAAUAAAAUCUCCAGUUGAA